AUCAGCGAGGAGGUACAGGGAACCUGAAGAUCUCACUCAACGACUUAGGAACAGUAUCUGCAGAAACUCUUGUGUUUAGGAACAGCUUCUUCCGCUCCAUCGUCAGUUUUCUGACGGUCCAUGAACACUACUUCGACCCCCUGGAUCCCCUCCUCCUCCUCUAGCUGCUAUGGUCCACUCUCCUCUCCAAUCAGAUUCCUGGGCUUCGCCUACCACCUUCUACCGAGCCUUCUUCCCCUCACCCACCGUUUUAUUCCGGCGUUUUCCCCCUUCCUUCUCAGUCCUGAAGAAGGGUCACGAACCGAAACGUCGACUCUUUACUCUUAUCCAUAGAUGCUGCCUGGCCUGCCGAGUUCCUCCAGCAUUCUGCGUGUGUUGCUUUGGAUUUCCAGCAUCUGCAGAUUUUCUCGUGUUUGUAAUUUACUACGUUGUUAUUACUUUUUUGCACUAUUUAUUUAUUUUUGUGGUUUAUCGUGACUCUUAUUGUCUUGUGCAGAGCUGCUGCCGCAAAACAAGAUAUUUCCGGGCACGUUAGUGCUAAUAAACCUGCCUUUGUAUUCGCGGCGUGUUUUUAAAGGGUGACGCAUUAUUUGAGGACAAUAUUAUGAUCGAAGCCAUGCUCUUGUUUUAAAUUCCUCUGCCGUCCAUCUCCGUGAAGUAGGCGGGACACUGUCACUCUGCCGGGAACCUGAGACAGCAGCAGCAAGCUUAUGAGUCGGCUGUGAGAGGUAAAGGAACUCCCUCGAAAAGUGUUUCGCAGCUCCUCAGUUAGCAGCCUGCAGACCCGACCGACUCGGUCUGAAUGCACCUGCCAUUGAAUGCCGGCAGUUUCUCCGCGCCUGGGGUUGGAAGAAAGCUCGCACCUAACAGAGUAAAGGAGCGGAGGAGAUAUGGUUCCUGGAGUUCCGUGCUGUCUUCUCCUGUACCUGCUGCUCUCCAGCUUCUGCCCGUCACAGGCUGCACAGGACUGUCUGAGCAGACAAAAGGUGUUAACUGCAAUCCGACAAAUGCAACAGUUGCUGAAAGGGCAAGAAAACCGUUUUACUGAUGGAAUCCGCACCAUGAAAGCCAAACUCUCGGCCUUGCAGCUCUCUGUGACCAAACCAACUGCAAACCAGCAAUCAGUAAUAUCAUGCCCUUCUCUGGAGGCACCCAGGCAUGGCAAGAAGUUUGGCUCCAAGUAUAGAACGGACCACGAAGUGCACUUUGUCUGCCAGCCCGGAUAUCAGCUGAGUGGCUCGAGUACGAGAGUGUGUCAGCCCAACGGUCGGUGGACAGGGCAGAGAGCUAACUGCACAGAAAUUAAUGAGUGCACUAGCAACCCGUGCCAGAAUGGAGGGACCUGUGUGGACGCUGUGAACCGCUACACAUGUAUCUGUCCAAGCCUCUGGACAGGGAGCCACUGCAAGUAUCCAGUGCAGACAGAGGCCGCUGCACCAGACUGGUCCUUCAGUCGCAAGCCCCGCUGUGCAAAGAUCGAGAGGACCCAACACUGCACCUGUGAUGCCGGCUUCCAUAUGAGUGGGACUAAUGAAAAUAGUCUCUGCCAAGAUGUGGACGAGUGUGAGGUUUUCCAAUUGAAGGGAGUUUCCAGACUCUGCAUACACAACUGUGUCAACAUCCCGGGCUCCUACCGCUGUACCUGCCCAGCUGCGUACAGACUUCUCAGUGAUGGCAGAAGCUGUGGGGACGUAGAUGAGUGUGCAACGUCACAGCACAACUGCACAAGAGAAGCUACUUGCAUCAACACGGGUGGAGGAUUUCAGUGCGUUAAUCCGCAGUGUCCGCAGCCUCGUGGGAACGUCAGCUAUAUUAAAACCUCACCAUUUCACUGUGAGCGCCAUCCUUGCCCUAUGAAUAACAAGUCAUGCCACCGUGCUGCGAAGACCAUCUCCUUCCAUUACCUCUCGAUACCCUCCAAAGUGAAGACUCCAGCCACCUUGUUCCGCAUUGCCACAGCCGCUGUCCCUGGCAGGCCUGGAGCUGACAGUCUGCGUUUUGGCAUUGUGGGAGGCAGCAGCCGAGGGCAGUUUGUGGUCCAGCGAUCUGACCGGCGGACAGGAGAGCUCAUCCUUGUUCAACCUUUGGUAGGACCUUGCACCGUGGAGGUUGACGUGGACAUGUCUGAAUAUCGUAAUCACACUUUUCAGGCCAAGCAUUUGUCAAAGGUUACGCUCUUUGUCUCAGCCAAUGGAUUUUAAGGCAGUGGUUAGAGACUACUUAUGUUAACUCUGGAUUAGAUGAAAUUGUGCCCAUUAUUGUGAGGUGACUUCCGCAGUUCAAGAGAUCCCCCGAGUGCCACAGUAUGAGAAUCAAGACUGGCCUCUAUGCCUUGACUGUGUAUAAUUGAUUGUGUGUGAGACUUUGAGCUGUGCAUUCUCUGUAGUGACAUAAAGGCUGGGAGACUGGCUGAAUUCCUACCCUAUGUGGCUUAAACAAAACCUUGGAUUUCUUGGAAUUGCUGCUUACUGAAUGCUGAGUUGCCCACCUUCAUGUUCCUGGUUCAGCAGAGGAUGCUGGUUUUCCUGCCAGCACGUAUUUCACACUGGUAGUCGUCAUAGUUAGCGCAAUGCUUUACAGUAGCAGGGGUCCGGCUUCAAUUCCUGUCGCUGCCUGUAAGGAGUUUGUACAUUUUCCCCGUGGCCACAUGGAUUUCAUCCGGGUGCUCCGGUUUCCUGCCACAGUCCAAAGAUGUACCCGUUAGUAGGUUAAUUGGUCAUUGUAAAUUGUCCUGUGAUUAGGCUAGGAUUAAAAUGGGGGUUGCUGGGCAACAUGGCUCGAAGAGCCUGCUCAGCACUGAAUCUCAAUAAGUAAAUCAAUAAUAUUUGUUGUCCAUCUCACAUUUGUCAUUAGUCUCCGGUUCCACUACUUACCAUCCAUUCCUGAUUCAGCAUUCCCUUUCCAACCACCAUUUCCCAUUCAUCUCCAGUUGAGCACCCAGCUGAUCAUAACCGUACAUCCUGAAUAUUAUCCAUCUCCUUUAACCAUGAUUUAUCUGCUCUUUUGUUUAAUAUCUGUCUCCUGUUUAUAAUUCAUCUCCAGUGAGCCAUUCAUCUCCUCUUUCUCAUCCAUCCCCCGAUCACCUCCCCCUUUCCAUCCAUCUCCCAUUCUCCUCUCCCAUUUCUCCAUUAUCUUCCAUUUCCCAUCCAGGUCCCAUUAACCACCUAUCACCCGUUUCCCAUCUGCUUCCCAUCCAUCCUGUUUCUCUGCUAUCUCCUCUUCACCAUCCAUCUUCAAUUUCCUCUCCACCUCUUGCUUCCCCUCCAUCUCCCAUUAACCAUCUUUCUGCUUAUCUUCCAGCCUGAAUUAAUCACUCAUUCUCUGCUGAGCAUCUAUUUAUCAGUAACCACUCAUACCCUGUUUACCGUUCAUCCCUCAUUUGCCUAAGUACCUAAGAAAAUAGGAGCAGAAUUAGGCCACUCUGUCCCACAGUAAAUUCAUGACUGAUCAUCUACAGCAGGGGCUCUCAACCUGGACCCCACGGACCCUUUGUUUAAUGGGAUUGGUCCAUAGCAUAAAAAAGGUUGGGAACCCUUGAGCUACAGGAUUCAUCUGUUCAAAAGUGCCAGUUCCCUGAUCUUCUCUGUAAUUAAAAACCCCAGUGAGUUGAGGUCCGGUGUUUCUCCACUCUCUGAGGAGUUCCUCAGUUUCACAUCCAUUCAGCCUCAGUUUCUUAUCCAUUCCUUUCUGCCAUUCAAGUCCAGCUUAUCACUGGUCUCCUCCUUUCCAUGAAUCCACUGUUCAUAAUAUGUGGACAGACUUCAGUUAGUAGUCGACCGCACUGGUCUGCGUGGAACCACCCAUAGGCCAAAUCUGUUAAGGAGGACAGAUUUCUGUCCCUGAAGGUCUUCAGUGAACUAAAAUGUUUUCUACAACAGUCUAGAUGGUUUAACUCAUUUCCAGGAUGACACCCAUCACCUGUUUUUCAUUAAUCCUUUGUUCAACGUCCAUUCCUAAUCAGUCACCAAUCCGCGGUUUAUUUCCCCUUUGUUUGUGAUCCACGUUUCAUUCACCAUCUGUCUCCUAAUUACUGUCACGAUGUAUCGGAACCCAAGCGCAGCAGAAAGACAGACUCUGUUGUAGAAACGGCCACCAAAGUUUAUUCAUAAUAAUUCCAAAAGAACAUCAGUGGUUCUGCUGAGCGACACCACGAGAAGUAACAUUCUCACAACUUGGACCCCGCUAUUAGUGCUAAUCAGGCGUCUACUUAAAUAAUGCAAGUACACAGAAUCCCUGAACCUAUCAAAAUAAAUGUAACAAGUCUAAAUAGAAAGCACCAGGAGACCCGCAUUAUAAUGAGCAAGUUGCUCAAGGAGGAACUCUAAACAAUUAAUGACUCUCAUUAGACUAAUAACCAAUCAGCUGCUCUUUAAAAACCUUGGUCCACAACAUUCUCUGGCGCCCCACACAGGCCUGAAGAGCUCAUUACAAUUAGUUCAUAAAAUCAUGAGGAUCUUGGAUAAGGUGGAUGAUCACAGUAUUUUUUCAGGUUUGGGGGAGUCUAAAGCUAACGGGUAUAAGUUUAAGGUGAGAAGGGAACGAUUUAAAAGUCACUUUUUUCCACAUGGACAGUGGUGGGUAUAUUGAACGAGCUGCUAGAGAAAGUGGUCGAAGUGGAUACAAUUAUAUUUAAAAGACGUUUGGAUGGGUUCGUGGAUAGGAAACAUUUUGAGUAAUAAUGGGGCCAAAUGGGAAAUGGGACCAGUUCAAAAAUACACCUUGGUAGGCAUGAAUGAGUUGGGGCGAAGGGCUUGUUUCUAUGCUGUGCAAUCUCUGUGACUCUGCAACACCUCAUAUACCGUCUAGGUAGUCUCCAGCCCCUUGGUAUGAACAUAGAAUCCUCCAACUUCUGGUAAAUCCCUCCCCCUCCCUUCCCUUAUCCCUAUGUCACUCUGCCCCCUCCCCCAGCUGCCUACCACCUCCCUCUUGGUUCCGCCUCCUUCUACUACCCAUUGUGUUUUCCCCUAUUCCUUCUUCACCUUUCCUGCUUAUCACCUCCCUGCCUCCCUUCCCCCACCCCUUUAUCUUUUCCCUUACUGGUUUUUCACCUGAAACCUGCCAGCCUUCUCCUUCCCACCCUCCCCCCACCUUCUUUAUAGGGCCUCUGCCCCUUCCCUCUUCAGCCCUGACGAAGGGUUCCGGCCCGAAACAUCGACCGAUCUUUUCCACGGAUGCUGCCUGACCUGCUGAGAUCCUCCAGCGUGUUGUGAGUGUUGCUUUGACCCCAGCAUCUGCAGAUUAUUUUGUGUUUAGGGGACAGAUGCUUCUGCACUUUGUAGAUUAGCAAAGAAGAGGUCAGACUGGCUUAUCUUUCUUGCUUGUUCGCACAUGGGUUGCCAUGGAUGCAGCUCAGCAACCACGUCCUUCAGGACUUGGCCAGCUCCGUCACUCGUGAUCUUACCAAGCCACUGUGGAUGGCGGACUUUGAAGUCCCCACUGAAAUGCAUCUUCCAAGUCACAGUCAUAGAGACAUACAGAAUGAAAACAGUGCCUUCGACCUACCGGGUCCAUUCUGACCAUUUACACUAAUCCUCUAUUAAUUCCCGUUUUUAAUCUCCCCACAUUCCCAUGAACUCUCCCCGUAUUCUUUUACCACCAACCUUUAGCAUAGCAACCAGCUCCAGAUUACAAUUCACUUCCAGUUUGCCAUCCAUUGGUUGUUGACCCCUCUCCUUGGCCUACAGUCCAAAUUUUCUCUUUCCAUAGAUCCUGUGUGUACAAUCUACACUUGUAUACCAUCCAUAUCCUUUCUUAUUCAUCCAUUGUUCCUCAUCAUCUGUUGUUUAAGAUCCAUUUGCUGUAUACCAUAAUCUCUUCCUCUCCUAGCACCAUCUCAUCAGCCAACUAUAAUUUAUCAUCUUCCUUCUAUUUACCAUCCCUACACACUUACCCUUCCAUCUCCAGUCAAUCAUCUAAUGAUUGUCAUCUAAUCCUAGUGUCAUCCACUCUUUACCACAUAUCCUGAGUUUAUCCUCCAUUUUUUUUACUAUCUAUCCACUGUUUAUCAUUAAUUUUCCCUUGAACAUCAAGUUUUCCAAUUUUAAGUAAUCUUCCUUGUGUGUUUCCCCCUUUCCCCACCCAUUUCUCUCUGCAUAUCUCUUUGUCUGAUCCUCCUCCAGCCUUAUUUUCAAUUUCAAAAGAAGAUCUGCAGAUGUUGGAAAUCAAAGCAACACACACAAAAUGCUGGAGGAACUCAGCGGGCCAGGCAGCAUCUAUGGAAAAGAGUAAACAAUCAACGUCCCAUGAGUCUUGAUGAAAUGUCGACUGUAUAUUCUUUUCCAUAGAUGCUGCCUGGACUGCUGAGUUCCUCCAGCAUUUUGUGAGUGUUGAGGUGAUAGGUGGAUUCAGGUGAGAGGGGAAGAUAGGCACCCCCCACGUCCUUUUAUACUGGCUUCUCCCCACUAUCUUCCCAGUCCUGAUGAAGGGUGAAGAUCAACUGUUUAUUAUCCUCCUUAGCUGGUGCCUGACUCUGAGUUCCUCCAGCAUUUUGUGUAUUGCUCUGAUUUCCAACAUCUGCAGUCUCCCUUGUGUUUCCGAUUACCAUCCAUUUCCUGUUUACCUUCAUUCCUCUCUUUAGAAUUCAUUACUUUUUUGUCAUAUGUUUUGUUUGUACAUUUAUUCCUGUUUACUGGUUUGACAUCAUUCAUCCUAGUGAUCCAUUGGAAAAUAUCCCAGAAUUCUUUGAGGAUUAUUUUCUGACAGCCACUUAAAGAAAUUAAACCUAGCUUUGAUUUUUAUCCUGCUUCUUACAGUUAACUUCUCUUUCUCUGCCUAUCUGCCGCAAAUGUUAACCAGCCAGUAUCUCCUGAAUGUUACCAUGCCUUGUUUAAUCUUAUAGGCAAUUAGUAAAUACAAUGAGGUAUCACAAGUAUAAUCCUGCUUUUUAACAAGAUAAUCUCAAUGCAAAAUCAGAAUUGAGCCAUUAACCGUUAAGGAGUAGCUUCACUUUUUAAGAGAUGCAUAACUAUGUAUACGAUCUGAUGCUUUGAAGGGCUGGAAGCUAAAUGUUAUUAAUGAAUACAUGCUACAAGCUCUAAAGCUGUUUCAUGAAGCAGGUCUGUACUUUUGCCUUGGAUAUUGACUAUUAUAAUUAUUUUAAUUAAAACAUUUUAU